AUGCUUUCUAUCACUGAAGAGCCAACUUCCCCUCGAGCAAACACAUUUCCAUCUCAUCAUUUGGCCAACAUCACAGCCGCUGUCAAACAGCAUCCCAUGGAAAUUCAACAAUAUCCUUCUUUAUCCAAUAGGAAAAGUUCUCUCUCUAACAAGCGCGGAAUUCAAAUCGAAAUGAGUUGUGCCUCCUUUGCUCUCUCUCCAACGAAAUGUCUCCUCCUCUCUGUAUUGAUUCUCAACAUUGCAGCUUUUUGCAUUUUGCUCGGAUUACUCAUUAAUGUGUUCGUUCAUAAAAAGGAGCAACGCAUCCUCUCUGUUGAAAUGAGGGGGCAAGCACUCCUGUACUCGGAAAUAUUAUCAAGUUCGGCUCGUUUAGCAGCAUAUUCGAAAAAUAGCAACAUCACAUCAAUGUUCGUUGAGAGAUAUCAAACUUACUACCCCCAAUAUAUUUCAUUGUUGAAUCAAGUAUUUGAAUUAAUUCCACCACAAGUAAUCACUACUCUUUUGAAUAGAACCUCCGAGAGGUUUAAUCUCACUCAAGAUGAACCAGUUGUCAUGGAGAAUGCAGCCAUUGAGUUGAUUAAACAGGGUAAGCAAGCAGAGGCAGUGGCAAUACUAGACAGUGAUCACUAUGCUGACGAAAAAGAUGACUACAACAAUGAUCUUAAUGCCUAUGUGGAUUAUCUAAAGAAUGAGGAGGUGAAAAAGGAUGACGCCAUUUCCAACGAGACAUUGGCAAGUAUGGUUGUGGUGGUAGUUCUCAUGGCUAUAGUACUUCCUGUUGUGGUGAUCACAUUAAUUGCCUCUUUCAAUAACGAGAAGCAACAAAGGGCCAAAAUUGAAAAAGCCAAAGCAAUCAUGCUGCAAGAUACAAUGUCUGAUGCAAAACUUCGCGAGCUAUUUAAGAAGCACUGUGAGAAAGAAUUUAGCUUGGAAAACUUUUACCUGUUGGACAGGAUUCAAGAAUAUCAGAGCUUGUGUGACAAGAGUUUUGAAAUUCAAUCCUCUCUUUUUGAGAUGCGUACUUCAGGUUCGGAAGACAAUGCAGCAAGUACAGCCACUAGCAGAUCGAACUCUAGUGGAGGAGAGAACAAAAAAAGAGGAAACACAACGUAUUCUGAAAAAGAUUUGGAAAUGGUCGAGAAGCAGAAAAGGGUGCUCGCUCUAUAUAUCCAUGAUACACAUAUCAACAUUAAUGGCUCAAUGCCUGUGAAUAUUAACAAAAAGUUUGGAGAUCAGGUCAUGUUCGAGAUUGCCAAAGAAUCUCCAGUAUUACCCGAAACAUUAUUCGAUGGAAUUCAACAUGAAAUAUUCAUGGUGAUGGGUGAUACUCAUCACAGGUUCAAGCAAAGUCUAGCAUUCCAAAAGAAAAUGAAGAUUGACAAUAUUAAGAGUCGAGCCAGUAGAAGUAAAUAA